GUUCAAUGAAGAGUUGAGUAAACAUUAAAAAGGCCAGUGGAUCAGAAGAGUGAUGGCUUGGAUUGGUUCAGAGACCUCACACAAAAUAAAGACAAAAAAGUGGAUGAAAAGACUUCCAGAUGUGUGCAGAUUGGGAGGAACAGAAGAGGAAGAAGCUGUUGAACGCUGAGAAAAGAUGCAGCUCGUGGCUGAACUGGGGAGCCAAAAAAGACAGAAUAAGAGGAGGAAAAAGUUGGCCUGUCGUUUACGGAGGACAUUGAAAGAAUAUCAGUUGUUUUCAUGGCAAGCUGAGUCUGGACUCCGCCCAUAUCCAUGACGUCAGGGUCGGCAGAUGAUGAGCGGUUGUCGUGCCGGAAGGGAAGAUGGCGGAUCAUGAGGAGCAGCUCUCCGAUGAUGAGAAGGUACGCAUAGCGGCAAACUUCAUCAUCCAUGCCCCUCCAGGAGAGUUCAAUGAAGUCUUUAAUGAUGUAAGAUUGCUCCUCAACAAUGACAAUCUUCUCCGGGAAGGGGCUGCACACGCCUUUGCACAGUAUAAUUUGGAUCAGUUCACCCCUGUGAAGAUCAAUGGCUACGAGGAACAGGUUUUAAUCACAGAACAUGGCGACCUUGGCAACGGCAGAGUUUUGGACCCUCAGAACAAGAUCUCCUUCAAGUUCGACCACCUGCGCAAGGAGGCGAGCGACCCCAAACCCCACGAUGCCGACGCAGCCAUGGAGGCCUGGAGGAGCGCCGUGGACAACGAGGUCAGGGCCUACGUGAAGGAGCAUUACCCAAACGGCAUCUGCACCAUUUAUGCGAAAACCAUUGACGGACAACAAACUAUCAUUGUCUGCAUUGAGUGUCAUCAGUUUCAGCCAAAAAACUUCUGGAAUGGGCGCUGGAGGUCCGAAUGGAAGUUCACCAUCUCCGGUUCUGCUACUCAAGUGGCCGGGAUCAUGAAGAUCCAGGUUCAUUACUAUGAAGACGGAAACGUUCAGCUGGUCAGCCAUAAAGAAGUUCAGGAGGGCAUGACCAUCUCUAAUGAAGCACAGACCGCAAAGGAGUUCGUCAAGAUCAUGGAAGCAGCUGAAAACGAUUACCAGACCGCCAUCAACGAGAACUAUCAGACCAUGUCGGACACUACCUUCAAAGCCUUACGCCGACAGCUUCCCGUUACACGCACCAAGAUCGACUGGAACAAAAUCCUCAGUUACAAAAUUGGAAAAGAGAUGCAGAAUGCUUAAAUGGAAGCCUUGCAUGACUGGAAUAAAUGAAUUGUAAGAGUACUAAUUUGGUUCAUGGGGGGUGGAAAAAAACACAACCAUGGUUAAAAAAGUGAACUGUAGUCCUACUAAAAAAAACUCACCUAUACUAGAAUUUUUGCAGAGAUGCCAUGAAGUAAAAUACCGUAAUAUAUCUUAAGGAAAUGUCAAAGGAGAUGAGGAAAAGUGAGAACGUGCCAAAGGAAAAAAAAAUCAUGCCACCUUGUGAAGUAUUUUGUUUUUUACUUCAGGUAAAAAAAAGAACAGUUGAAAUAAUUUAAUAUUGAUGUUAGAGGAGAAUGAUGGCAAUUACUCGGUUCGAAGCAGUUAUGUCUGACUUAUUUGGCAGGAGAAAAAAAAGAAACAACAGAUAAAUCCUAUUAACUAGCUAGUGUUUUUGGUUAUAUUCAUCUUUUGCACACCGUUUUGCUUGAUGACUUGGCUGUCUCUCUGUCUCCCAAUGUCAAAGAUUUUUAUGUGUUAUAUAAUGACAGAUGCAUCCUACCGUUAAUCAUGACCAUCCCUCUCACACCUCAUGUUUCUGGCAGUUUUAGUGAAAUGCUUAGUUAACGAGUCAUUUGUCACGAAAUGUUCUUUCGGUUCAUCAUGAAAUUGCAGUUGCACUCUCCACAUGUCCCUAUUUUUAUUGAUGCAGACAUGACUGUAAGUGGCACAUUGUAAUAUAAUACAUGUAUUAAACAUCUUGUCUGUCA